GGAGCCGCAAACGCGAGCUCUUCGUUAAAGCCGAUCGGUGUUGUUCCUGAUCGUAAGUUCGGAGGUACACCAUCGUCCGACGUUUCUUUUCUUUUUUGUUUUUCCUUCUAUUCUCGCUUUUGGCUCUUUUAUUCCAACGAGAGGGGAGGGGGGCGGGGAUUAACGCGCGCGUUAAGAGAAAAGCUGUUGGAGGUAGGUGGAGUCGGUAUGCGAGAGAGACAACAUUUUUCGUCGUAGUUACCUGUUAAAUAUUUCUCGCAGAGAGCAACGGAGGGAACGGAGAAUUGCGAAGGAAAAAAAAGAAAGAAAAAAAAAAGACGAAGGAGAAGAAGGAGAAGGAGGAGUUGGAGGAGGAGAAGGAGAAGGAGAAGAAGAAGGGAAGGCGUCGACGUUGCGUCGUAAAUAAAGAAGGCGCGCGGCAAAGCGACGGCGAAAGAGAAAGAGAGAGAGGAAGAUAGAUAAAAAUCAAGCAACGUGCGUGUGUGCGAGAGGGAGAGACAGCUAGGCUGUGUGGCGAGUGUGCUCAAAGGUGAUUGGUCAGUCCGUUGGCUAUUAUGGCCGGCGAUUGGCGCGUGCGAAGGUAGCGCGACGUAGGAGCGCGUAAGAAGAAGCGUCGAGUAGAGUGUGCGCGGAGCGCGGCAGUCGCUCGCGGCCGAGAAGAGUGAAAAGAGCGAGGAGAGGAGAAGAGACGCUCGUUCGCUCGCUCGCUCGCUCGCUCGUUCGUUCGUUCGUUCGUUCGUUCGUCGUUGGUUCAUCCGCUCGUCCGUCCGUUCGUUCGUUCCUUCCUUCGUUCGUUUGCUUGCUUGCUCGCUUGAUCACGGUGGCGCGUUGCCUUGUAAGGCGGAGGAGAGCUCGUGCGCGCUUCUGUGCGCUAGUGUGGACGCGCGUGGAAGUGUGUGUGUGCCCGCGUGUGUGUGUCCUGUGUUGUACGUCGAGCCUGUACGCACGCCGGAUGUUCUAACGACGAAGAAGACGAAGACGAGGAAGAAGAAGGAGACGAAGACGACGACUAUUAUCUCGCGAGGAUACGAAAUUACGAGGACGAAAAGGAAAAGGAAGAAAAGAACGGAGGACGAUCGCCGCCGUCGCCGAGGAGGGCGCGCACGGUUUUCCUCUCGUGGCAGUAGUGCCAAGAAGAAGAGUAGAAGAAGAAGAAGAAGAAGAAAUAAUAGUAGUAGUAGUAGUAGUAGUAGUAGUAGUAGUUAUAGUUAUAAUAGUACUAGUAGCAGUGGUGGUGGUGGUGUGGUGGUGGUGGAGUACUAGUAAUAGUAGUAGUAGUAAUAGUAGUAGUAGUGGUACCAGUGCCAGUGUAGAAGCGGCAUGCACGCUUCUACUGCUGCUGCUGCUGCUGCUGCUUGCUGCUAGACUUUUUGAAGGCGAUCGUUUGGGAAAAGGUCUCUGGGUGUUGUGUAGCAGACUACGAGGAAGAGUUUAAGGUGCUGAGAUAGUUCGUUGAAAAAGGAGGUGAGAAAAGGGUGUCCUCACGAAAGUAUUGCUCGGGGAGAGAAGAGCCAAGGAAAGAAAGGAUCGAGAGAAAGCGCGUGAGAGAAUAUACGAAAGCAGAGAGGAAGAGCGAAACGUCGAACGUUAGUACGCAGAGGAGACAAAGGCCACGGUGACGGCGACGGCGGCGGCAGCGGAGGUGGAGGUGGAGGAGGUGGUGGUGGUGGAGGUAACGGAGGAGGAAGAGGAGGCAACGGUAGCGGCGGCAUAACCUCCAAGCAACGAGAGACCGACGAAGCUGAGUUUCGUGUCGCGCGCGCGUCACGAAAAUAUCCAUCCCCCCUCCUUUUUUCCGUUCGUUGCGUUUUUCGGACGACGAGGACGAGGACGAGGACGACGAGAACGAGAACGCGUUUAUCGAAGAAGAAGAAGAAGAAGAAGAAGAACGUUGCUCGUCCGAUAGUAAAUCGUGAAUCGUUUAUUCGAAGGGUUAUUUUUUCUCUCCCCCUUCCCCCCUUCUCUUAUAUCAUAUAUCCGUCUCUCCGGGCUUCCAUAACGUCCCGUGUGCGAGCGAGAGAGAAAGGAACACGUGUAUGAAACGACGCGGAAAUUAAUACGAACGAAGAAGGAAUUUUAAUAGAAUAAUCAAAUAAAACGUGGUCGUUCAUACGCGAUAAAUAAACGCGAUCCUCGGUUAUUAUUAUCUUAGUGCUCGGCGAAAUAGUUGAUGGAUGAGACUGGCAGGAUGCUGCAGCACGGAGGUUCGGGUGUCGGUUUGAUGGGAGCUAACCAGGGUCAGGGGGCCCAAAAUACCGCCGGUUACGGCACCAUGGGACCCGUCGAUGGCUCGGCCGCCCAAGGUCCCGAUCAGGCUGUCGAGGCUAGGAAACAGGACAUCGGCGAGAUAUUACAACAGAUAAUGAACAUCACCGAUCAAAGUCUGGACGAGGCCCAAGCGAGGAAACACACACUAAAUUGCCACAGAAUGAAACCUGCCCUGUUCUCGGUGCUCUGCGAGAUCAAAGAGAAAACAGUACUAUCGUUGAGAAAUACGCAAGAAGAAGAACCACCAGAUCCGCAAUUAAUGAGGCUGGACAAUAUGUUGAUUGCCGAGGGUGUGGCAGGUCCAGAAAAAGGAGGUGGUGCGGGGGCUGCGGCGUCGGCAUCGGCAGCUGCUGCUGCUGGACCACCUGGACAACCUGACAACGCGAUCGAACAUUCGGAUUACCGAGCAAAACUCGCUCAGAUCAGGCAGAUCUAUCAUCAAGAACUCGAGAAAUACGAACAGGCAUGCAACGAGUUUACGACUCACGUGAUGAAUUUAUUGAGGGAACAGAGUCGUACCAGGCCUAUAACGCCAAAGGAAAUCGAAAGAAUGGUUCAGAUUAUCCACAAGAAAUUUUCGAGUAUUCAGAUGCAAUUAAAACAAUCGACCUGUGAGGCAGUUAUGAUUUUGAGGAGUCGUUUCCUCGAUGCAAGGCGUAAAAGACGGAACUUCAGUAAGCAGGCAUCUGAGAUCUUAAACGAGUACUUCUAUUCGCACUUGAGUAAUCCGUAUCCGAGCGAGGAGGCCAAAGAGGAACUCGCACGGAAAUGUGGAAUCACCGUGAGUCAGGUUUCCAAUUGGUUCGGCAACAAGAGGAUACGCUACAAGAAAAACAUAGGUAAAGCGCAGGAGGAGGCGAACUUGUACGCAGCCAAAAAGGCAGCUGCAGCUUUUGCAGGAGCGUCGCCGUACAGCAUGGGAGGUGCAAGCCAAGGGACACCAACGCCGAUGAUGUCACCGGCACCACCGGGCGGACCUCAAGACAUGGCAGGGUACGGGAUGGGAAUAAACGGAAGUGACUAUGGUUCGCAGCCUUACAACGACGGUUCCAUGGGUUACGAUCCUAUGCACCAGGAGCUGUCGCCUUGAAAUCCUUAGGAGAAAUGCGCAAGAAGAUUUGCAAAUCCGAAAAUAAGAGAGUAAAAAAAAAAAGAAAAGAAAAGAGAAAAACGAAAUGAAUAAAAAAAAGAUUUAUUGUCGAUAGGAACGCAUUAAAGAACGAUAUCGUAAGAAAAGUCAAAAGCAACAAACAAAAAAGUAAAAGUAAAAAUAAAAUUUAAAAAAAAAAAGGAAGGAAGGGAAGAAAAAAAGAAAGAAAUAAAGAAUUACGAAAGAUUUACGAAAGAAUUAUGAAAGAAAGCAGGCAAUCCGAUCACCUCACUAUCUGUGAUCCGAUGCUCGUCACUCGCUGACGAGUUAUACGAUACUAAAAUAUUGAUAUAUUAAUUUAUUAAGAAAGUGAAAGAGAGAAUAUGUGUAAAAGCGAGCUCGGCGUGCUCGGAAGCGUUCGUUCGCGUUAAUAAUUCAUCGAAGAGUAGCGAACUACUACUAUGUUGCUAAAUGAUAUAAUUUGUUUAAAAAAAUUUGUUUAAAAAAAGAAAAAAUAAAAACAAAAAGUAGGAAAAGUUAAUUCGUCACGUCGAAGAGAUAUAAGAUAAUAUAGGCAUUUGUAUUACCGAUAGAGCACGAUCGGUAAGUAAGAAUCCUGUUAUGCGUUGACCCUCGUAGAAAUGCUUCAAGAAAAAAUCAGACCAAACAUAUUUUUUCUUUUGCAUUUUUUGUUUAUUUCUUCCU